CUUUGGCAUCUUCCUCCAUUCCAUUGUGCUGCCAAUGAGCGAGAAAUUGCCCGAUAAGCGUUCUGAAGCUGUCCGAUCCAUGCAGCGAUAAUUGAAAAAGGGUUCAACAAUCAGUCAUUCAGUCAUUCACGCGUUGGAAUAAUGAAAACACGUCUCAAUCUAGCGCUGCUGGGUCUACUGGUGCUUCGUGCUUCCGCUGGUGUGUUAGAUAACCGAGUCGACCAAUAUGGCUCGGAUGCUGCGAAAGGGGUAGAUUCGUGCACUGUACCGGAUAGUUUGGUCCAGGAGAUCAAAGGUUAUCAACCGAUUGUGAACAAGAUAGUUAGCAAGAUUGUGGGAGGAGAAUUCGCAGGGAAAACAUGGGACAGCUUGGCCGAAUUGGUGGACACUUUUGGAGCUCGGUUGUCCGGAUCCGAGCAGUUGGAGAAGUCGAUUGAUUACGUACAGGAGCAGAUGAAAUUGGAUGGCUUGGAGAAUGUACACACCGAGGAUGCCCCAGUACCCCACUGGGUGCGUGGAUACGAAAGUGCCCAGCUGGUGGCACCAUUUAAGAAGAAUUUGCCACUGUUGGGUCUCGGAACGACGGUAGGUACGCCUCGGGGUGGUAUUAUUGCUGAUGUUGUUGCGGUUGAAUCUUUCGAAGAGUUUGAGACACUUAAACCGGAGCAGGUCAAAGGGAAGAUUGUGGUGUUUGUGCCGCAAUGGGAAGGAUAUGGGAAGACGGUGGUGUAUAGAAGCAAGGGAGCAUCGGUAGCAUCGAGGAAAGGAGCGGUGGCCACCUUAAUCAGAUCGGUUACGCCGUUUUCGAUUGGAUCGCCCCACACUGGCGGGCAGGAUUAUGACGAGGGAGUGAAUAAGAUUCCAUCGGCGUGCAUUACAGUAGAGGACGCUGAGAUGAUUCUAAGAAAAUAUCGGCGGGGAGAAACUAUAACGAUCCACCUGGAGAUGGACGAUCGAAAUUUUGAACCGUUCGUUUCGCGAAACACUAUCGGGGAACUUGUGGGAACAACUUAUACCAACAGCUCGGUAGUGGUGGUUUCAGGACACUUGGAUAGCUGGGAUGUGGGAGUCGGGGCUAUGGAUGACGGUGGUGGUGCCUUGAUCUCUUGGAAGGCAUUAACCUACUUGAAGGCAAUGGGACUCAGACCGAGACGCACGAUUAGGGCAAUAUUAUGGACCGGAGAAGAGCUUGGUUUGUGGGGCGGUAAAGCAUACAAAGAUGCGCACAAGGAGAAUGAAAAGAAAGAAUUUAAUUUCUUUUUCGAAUCUGAUAUCGGAACCUUUGAACCUAGGGGCUUGGAUUUUACCGGCAACAAAGAUGCGGAAUGUGUCUUCAGAGAGGUGGUGAAGCUGAUGACACCGUUGAACGCAACGCAGUUCGAAACACCUUCAGACGGUGGACCGGACAUCUCGCACUGGACAAGUCGUGGUUUUCCCGGAGCUUCACUGAUGAACAAGAAUGAAAAAUAUUUCUGGUUUCACCAUUCGGCAGGUGAUAGCAUGGCUGUGGAGGAUCCAAAAAAUCUAGACAAAUGUACUGCUCUGUGGGCCGCUGCGGCUUAUGUCAUAGCUGAUCUAAGCAUUUCCAUCCCAAAAUAUGUUAGUGAUUAGGUAUGGUUUGUAUUAUUGCCAUAAAAAGAACUCCCCAUGAAUGUAUAUGAUAUUUUUAGUUGAAAUAUAAUAAUAUGCGAGAUUUUGCCAUUAA